GAAUUUCGGAUAAAAGAAGUCUGUGACACCGGCCGGCUCUCACGAAUCAUGAAUACAUUUUUAAAUUUUUUAUAGUGCAGUAAAAGUUGAAGUGGGAGAGAGCAUUUGAGACGACAUCAACAUGGCCGCCGGGGAGGCUUGUUCAUCAUCAGCUGCCAAGAAUUUUGAAGAUGAAGAAGAUUUGAUGUUAUAUGGAGGUGGGUCUGGUUGGGUUGAGCCAAGAACAUGGUGUGAUCAUCUUCCUUCUUUGACUUCUGAUCUUUCUCACAUUCCUACUCCUGACACUUCCUGCUUCAGGUGCCAACACCCUAGUGAAAACUGGGUAUGCUUGUUCUGUAAGGAUGUCCUUUGUAGCCGAUUCAUAAAUCAGCAUAUGCUUGAGCACUAUGAGCAGAAAGGCCACUGCCUAGCUCUUAGCUACAGUGACUUGUCAGUUUGGUGUUUCGCUUGUGAUGCAUACUUGGAUGCUCAAGUCAUUCAACAACUGCGCGUUGCAUAUGAAACUGCUUACAUACUCAAAUUUGGUGAAUCUCCACCAGCUCGCACGAUGGAAUGCAUGCAGUUGGAAAACACUGGGGCUCACCAUUCAUCCUAGAGUUCAGUUUUAACAUGUAUGGACAUUGGUAUUGCACAUGAAGCUAACAGAACGCUGCAAGAUUAGGGAGUUUCAUAGCCAGGUUGUGCUUAAGUUGACGAGUUGAAACUUUUAGCUUAUAAAUUCUAAAUUGCGUUAUAAUAACUUAAUUGUACUUGAGAAUUCGUUUAUAUUACGAGAUUAAAGCCUAAUUUCUACUCCGUAAUAUGAAGGAAAGUUUGUGUAAAUAGCCAAUAUUAGGGGACCAUCAACAUUUGUUUCUGGCAUUUGGUCAUAUGCGAUUUCAACAACUCAAUAGGCAGUCAGCUCGAAGUUUCUUCAA